AUGACAGUGUCAGAGAUACCUCCUAUAAAAGCCGAACUCGACCCAAAAGACUGGCCAAAUGAACCGACGCAUGAUGUCGUGUUCGGCGAGAUCACCGAAGAUGGUCCCAACUAUCGCAAUGUGGGGUUUAUGGGCACCAUCAUUCUCAUGAUGAAAACUCAGAUUGGCCUGGGAGUACUCUCAAUACCAACAGCCUUGGACUCCCUGGGCAUUGUGCCCGGUGUAAUCUGCCUAUGUGUCAUUGCGUGUAUUUGCACAUGGUCCAACUAUGUUAUUGGUACCUUCAAAUUGAAUCAUCGCGAGGUAUAUGGCAUUGAUGAUGCCGGUGCUCUGAUGUUUGGGCCAGCCGGUCGAGGGGUCCUCUCAGUAGCAUUUUGCCUCUACUGGGUCUUUGUUAGUGGCUCUGGAAUUCUCGGCGUCUCUAUCGGCUUCAAUGCAGUCUCAAGUCAUGGUGCAUGCACUGCCGUGUUUUCUGCAGUUGCCGCAAUUUUGGGAUUCACGCUUAGUAGUGUACGGACACUCGGACGAAUUACCUGGCUGGCAUGGGUUGGCCUUCCCUGUAUUCUGACUGCAGUUAUGACUGUGACUAUCGCGGUGGGCGUACAAGACCGCCCUGCUGCCGCACCACAAACCGAUACGCCCUGGGUCCCUGAUUAUAAAAUAAUCGGCAAUCCAUCUUUUACCGAAGCAAUAACUGCCGCCUGCAGUCUUGUGUUUGCAUUUUCGGGCACUCCGGGGUUCUUUGCGAUUGUUUCUGAGAUGCGCGACCCUCGAAAGUAUACGCCAGCUUUACUAGUAUGCCAGGCGGGCGUAACAGCGAUAUAUAUGGUUAUCGGUUGCGUUGUUUACUACUAUUGCGGAACUUAUGUCUCUUCUCCGGCACUUGGGUCAGCUGGAGGUGUUGUGAAGAAAAUUUGCUAUGGAUUCGCAUUGCCAGGAUUGAUUGUCACCACAACGAUCUGCUCACAUAUACCAGCCAAGUAUAUAUUUGUUCACAUUCUCCGUGGAUCACGGCAUCUGAAUAACAAUACCGUCACCCACUGGGUCACUUGGCUCAGCUGUACUUCGGGUAUUGCAGUGAUCGCUUAUAUUAUUGCCAGCUCCGUCCCUGUUUUUAACUCAUUGGUUUCUCUCAUUGGUGCUUUGCUAGGAACUCUCAUGUGUUUUCAGCCAAUGGGUUGCAUGUGGCUAUACGAUAACUGGGCUAAAGGUAGGCAAAGUUCGAGGUACUGGAUGUUCAUGGUUUGUUGGAGCAUUUUUGUGGUACUCUUGGGGUGUUUCCUCACAGUUGCAGGCACUUAUGGGUCAAUUGUUGGGAUCAUAGAUUCUUAUAGAGAGUCAGGUGGAUCAGCUGCCUUCUCUUGCGCUGACAACUCCAAUUCCACCUGA